AUGCUUCUGUUAAAAGUAUUGGUAUUCCUACUACUUCUGGAUUCGGCUAUUGAUGCAAAAAGAUCGUCAAAGAAGAAAUUCUCAAAGUUAAAGUCGAAGAAAAUUGACAAGGACGUGAAGGAGGUAUCGGAAGAGGUCGAUGAGAAGGAGGAGAAAGAAGAUAAAGAGGAGGAAGAACUGGGAGAGGAUCGAAACGAGUUUGAAGACAUCUGCCCGUUCCCAUGGCAAACCCACGAGCAGAACAUCCUCUCAACUUUUGCUCAAUGUCGAGAAUUUGAGCACGAGGGUGUGAAGUGUACCCCUCAUGAUCCGAUCGAGUGUACCGGCAGGAAUCCGGCAUGUGUUUAUUCGAAGCUCUCCGAAGACUACCGCUGUUGCUCUGAUGUUCCACAGGAUUUGAGUAGCCCUCCAGGAGUCCCGGAGCAAGUAAAGCCAAUUUGUCCCUACGGUGCAACUUCUUACGACAUCCCAUCCGUAUUACUAUGCGAUCCGACGGAAGAAAAAUCGUGUCCCGACGAGUACACCUGCGAGCAGGCAGUUAAUAGUCAGAUGCUCUCCACCUACAAUAUGCAUUUGUGUUGCAAGUCGACGGCGCUGGAUAGCUUCGAAAAUGUGUUUUACGAGACGAAAGUGGGCAUCAACAAGCUGUCGGCCAACUUCUCGAUGCCAGUUUUCUAUGUAACUUCACUGUCCCCAUCCCUGGUCCCACAAGCGCCCGGUGCCGGCAUCGAUUUUAUGACACUGAACGAAUACGUCAAAAACCCCACCGGAAACCCGUUGCCCGAGAUUCGAACAGGGGAUCAUUUUUCGAUGCUGAACUAUCGUUUCAGAGAGCCGGUGACGUUGAAAAAGGUCGCCCUCCUCCGGGACCAGUUCCCAGGGUCGUUUCACCACGUCUUGUUGCUCUACAACCCUCACGGAAACCCGGAGUCCAUGAACUUCUACUACAACCGUCCAUCAACUUUGAGUCGCGAAGUCGAUCUAUCGGUGCCGCCAUGGGAUGAAGGCGUGUUUUUCAGAAGCAUCAACAGAGUAAUGACAAUCACCAACGACAAGGUAUCCACGAAGCAGACGCGAAAACUUUAUAUUGUACUGGUGUUCAAAACGAAGCAGAGGCUGACGAGACGACACCCUCAAACUUGGCAGGACCUUCAUGCCAAUUACACCUCGUUCACGGAAUUCCUAUCGACAGCGACGGGGAAGUUGCUUGGCACGCCGGAGGCUGGAUCGUAUUUUUAUAUCACAAAG